UACUACCAAUCAAACCAAUAGAUAACACAAACACAAUGCACAAUCCAUGACAUGAAUGUCAAAAAAGAAAAAAAAAAAAAAGGAAAAUACACAGAUGCAAGAGACACUGACUAGCAAAAUCCAUAUGCUAAAGGUCGUGGGGACCGGAAAACAUGGGCCGACACGAUCCAAUUGGUGCAUGCCACAUGGCAUGUCAAGGGCUGGCCUUAGGAGGGGGUGGGGUCAAGAAAGGGACAUUAGGGAAUUGGAGGUUAGGAAGUGAAGGGAUAGGAGGGAUGGUGAUUGGGAUUUUAGGAAUCGUUGAGGGCAUGGGAAUUUGGGGGAGGAAAGGGAUGGAGGGCAUGGGAAUUUGGGGGAGGAAAGGGGUGGUUGGGAUUUUGGGGAUUGUUGGAAAGGAAGGGAUGGAGGACAUUGGAGGUACUGUGGUUGGGAUUUUCGGAAUUGUCGAUGGCAUAGGAGUGGUUGCCAAGGAUGGGAAAGGCAAAGGAGGGGUGGUGGUUGGGAUUUUUGGGAUUGUUGUAGGCAUUGUGGUUGUUGGCAAAGAAGGGAGGGAGGGCAUGGGGGCGAGGGUGGUCGGCAUUUUAGGGAUUGUUGUGGGGAUACUGGGGAUUGACGUUGGGAUGGUCGAGGGCAUUGGGGGCAAUGUGGGCUUUGGGAGAGGCGACGUGGGGAUAUUCGGAAUUGUUGAGGGCAAAGGGGUCAAUGUCUGCUUUGGCAAGGGCGAAGUGGGGAUUGUCGGAAUCGCCGUGGGCAAAGGGGGCAAUGUCGGCUUCGGGAGGGGUGAACUGGGAAUUGUUGGACUUGUUGCGGGCAAAGGAGGCAAUGUGGGCUUCGGGAGGGAUGGAGUGAGAAUUGUGGAGGGUAAAGGGGAUAACGUCGUCGGCUUCGGGAGAGGUGGGGUGUCCAGUAACCUGCGCGACGCUACGCAAACAUUGGUGUUGAGCAACGAAAGAGCCACGAGCAACGAUAGCAGGAAGCCCCUGCAUAAAGCCAUUGUAGAGAGAGAGUACUCAAAGGGUGUGAUUUUGAGGAUGAACGGCUCUAGAGAGAGAGGGAGAACAAUGUAGGUUUUGGGAGAGAA